AUGUUCGGUGCACUCAAUCGGUUUAUUGGCCGGCUUGAUGGCGAGCCCAUCCAACAACCCCGGAAUGGGCCUAGUGACAACGCUUUUGGAUUUCAAGUGCUCCGCAACAAAGACCCAGAGUUACCUUUAGAGCCAUGGUUCGAUUUCAUUGUGGGAAUAAAUGGCCAUCCAAUUGAAGAUCCCGACCCAAACCUAUUUGCGACAGAGGUUCGCAAUUGCGCCGGAACAAGCCUGACCCUAGAGGUCUGGAGUGCUAAGGGCCAACGAACACAUACCAUCAAUGUCCCGAUACCUUCCAACAAUCCAACCCUCGGCCUCGCACUACAGCUUGCCCCUCUGAACUCCACGCAAAACAUCUGGCAUGUGCUUGCGAUUCCCUCGUCGCUGAGCCCUGCUUUUCGCGCAGGGCUUCUCCCCCAUUCAGACUAUAUCAUUGGAACCCCCAGCGGGACAUUACGCGGGGAAUCUGCACUUGGAGAGCUAGUGGAGGACCACCUCGAUCGGACUCUAAUCUUAUGGGUCUACAAUAGCGAAUUCGAUGUUGUUCGGGAAGUGGAGCUUGUUCCCACUCGCGGUUGGGGUGGUGAAGGUGCCGUGGGUGCUGAACUAGGAUACGGUGCCUUGCACCGACUACCCGUCGGGCUGGGAGAGGAGGUGGAAGGACCUGGUGAGGUUGUUUUUGAGACGCGUGAUGAUGAAACCUCCGCACCAAUGCCUGGUUCUGCUGGUCCUGAGGCAGCGGCUGGAGUUGCGGAACAAUUCUUAGUACCGGCAAACAUGGCAUCUAUCCCGCCUCUCGCGGGCCAGACACAAGUCACUUCUCCUCCGGAGGGUAGAUCACCUUCGAACCGUCGGGGCAAAUCGCGCCACGCUACGUCAACCAACAAUGCAUUUGACGACUACUUUGCCGAAGGUGAACAGAAGAGCCGGGAGCAGGACUUUGCGCCUUCACGAAAGGGAACUCCUCUUCCACCACCCCCUAAAGUCGGUAUAUCGCCCCACACUGCUGGUACUCCGCCACCUGCAGCAGAAGAACCUGUGGAGGGGUCACCGGGGCCAGCAGAAUCGGCGUGA